AUGUAUAUAAAGAAGGUUAUAAUCGAAGGGUUUAAAAGCUACAGGGAGGAGACCUCGACAGAACCUUUCAGCCCCAAAGUUAACGUAGUCGUUGGUGCAAAUGGAUCUGGCAAAUCAAAUUUUUUCCAUGCUAUACGCUUUGUCCUGAGUGACAUGUUUCAGAACCUGCGCAGUGAGGACAGGGGAGCUCUUCUCCAUGAAGGUGCUGGACACUCAGUCGUAUCUGCUUUUGUCGAGAUAAUUUUUGAUAAUUCAGACAACCGUAUUCCAGUUGAUAAAGAAGAGGUACGCUUGCGAAGGACAGUUGCUUCAAAGAAGGAUGAAUACUACUUGGAUGGAAAACAUGUCAGUAAAACUGAAGUCAUGAAUCUGCUGGAGAGCGCUGGUUUCUCUCGAUCUAAUCCAUACUAUGUUGUACAGCAAGGAAAGAUUGCAUCCCUUACUCUAAUGAAAGAUUCUGAACGACUGGAUCUUCUCAAAGAGAUUGGUGGUACGCGUGUUUAUGAAGAUAGACGUCGGGAGAGCUUGAAAAUAAUGCAAGAAACAGCCAAUAAAAGGAAGCAGAUUGAUCAAGUUGUCCGCUACCUGGAGGAGAGACUGAGAGAACUUGAUGAAGAGAAGGAGGAACUAAAGAAGUACCAGCAGCUGGACAAACAGAGAAGAUCACUUGAAUAUACUAUACUGGACCAUGAACUAAAUGAUGCUAGAAAUGAAUUAGCUUCGAUGGAUGAUAAUCGAAGACAAAUUUCUGAAAGGAUGUCUCAAGCGGACAAUGAAGUGGUAGAGUUACGUGAGAGGGUCAAAAGUUUGGAGAAAGAAAUAAAAGCCUCUACUAAAGGGAUAAAUGAAACCAAGUCUGAAAAGGACGAUGCAGAGAAGAAGCGUACUGAAGCACUAAAGGUAGUUUCUCAGAUUGAACUUGAUCUGAGAGAUUUAAAAGACAGAAUUUCAAGUGGAAAACGAGCAAAGGAUGAAGCCGUAAGGGAGUUAAAUAGUAUGAGGAAAGAAAGUGAAAAGUCAAAGUCUGAAUUGGCUCAAAUUAGUAAGGUGCAUGCGGCCAAAUUGAAGGAAGAGGAAGAUAUAUCAAAAAGUAUAAUGGACCGCGAGAAGCGGCUGAGUAUAUUGUACCAAAAGCAGGGGAGGGCAACUCAAUUUAAGAAUGAGGCUGCCAGAGAUGAGUGGCUUCGGAAAGAAAUUCAUGAUCUUGAGCGUGUACUUUUAUCAAAUAGAAAGCAGGAAAGCUUACUUCAAGAUGAAAGUCAGAAGCUUAAAGACGAAAUUAAUAAGUUGACAAACCACAUUGAAUCUCGGAGAAGUGAAUCAAGCAAGUUAGAGGCUGUUCUUGCAGACAAGCAAAAGAAUCACAAUGACUUCACGAAGCAGAAAAAUGCACUUCAAGAUGAAAGGAAAUCAUUUUGGAAGGAGGAAACUAGUGUGACAGCUGAAAUCGAUAGGCUAAAGGAAGAUCUUGUGAAGGCACAGAAGAGUUUGGACCAUGCAACACCUGGGGAUAUCAGGAGAGGCCUGAAUUCUGUUAGCCGAAUCAUCAGGGACCAUGGUAUUGGAGGAGUUUUUGGUCCAGUGUUAGAACUGGUUGACUGCGAAGAGAAGUUUUUUACAGCUGUUGAGGUCACUGCUGGGAAUAGCUUGUUCCAUGUGGUGGUUGAAAAUGACGAUAUAUCGACAAGGAUAAUUCAGGUAUUGACUCGAGAAAAAGGUGGACGGGUGACUUUCAUACCACUGAAUAGAGUGCACGCUCCGAAUGUCAAUGUUCCACAGAGCUCUGAUUUUGUUCCAUUGUUAAAGAAGUUAAAGUUUCGUGCUGAGCAUCGUCGCGCUUUUGAACAGCUUCCAAUUGGAUGCCAUGUUGGAGACAUUAAAAAUAUAAAUAAGGUUUUUGGUAGGACAGUUAUAUGCCGAGACCUGGAAACUGCGACCAGAGUUGCACGCAGCAAUAGUCUAGAUUGCAUCACACUUGAUGGUGAUCAAGUAGCCAAAAAGGGUGGCAUGACAGGAGGUUUCUAUGAUUCUAGACGCUCAAGACUGAAGUUUGUAAAAGUAAUCAGGGACAACAAAGCAGAAAUUGAAAAAAAGACGGCACAUCUAGAGAACGUGGGAAAAAAGUUAAAAGAUAUAGAUAAGAAAAUUACGGAUUUGAUUACCAAACAUCAGCAAAUGGACGCUGAACGUGAUCAUGCCAAGUCAGAGUUGGAACAGUUUAAAGUUGAUAUUGCCAGUGCAACGAAGCAAAAGGGAUCACUGGAGAAAGCCCUUGCAAAGAAGGAAAAAUCACUCGCGAACAUCCGCAACCAAAUUGAGCAAAUCCAAUCUGGCAUUGCAAUGAAAAAUGAUGAGAUGGGCACAGAACUGAUUGACCAGCUAACUUUAGAAGAAAGAGAUCUCCUUUCGCGACUGAAUCCUGAAAUUACUAGAUUGAAGGAGAAGUUCCUCUCGUGUAAAAACAGUCGCAUUGAGAUUGAAACAAGAAAGGAAGAACUGGAGAACAAUUUGUCAACUAAUCUUAUGAGGCGUCAGAAAGAGUUGGAAGCAAUAAUUUCAUCUGCAGAUUCUAAAAUCUUGCCUGUUGAAGUCGAAGCAAAAGAGCAAGAAUUGAAAGAGUCUAAGAGGACUCUUGAUGAGGCGACAACAGUACUGAAAGCUAAUGUCGAUGCUAUUAAUGCCCAUACAAGACAGAUGGAGCAACUGAAAAAACAAAGGGAUGAUCUGAAGGCUCUUGAAGCUAAUUUGGAGCAGACGGUGCAAGAUGGUGCGAAAGAUUUGGAACAGUUGAUGAGCAGUAGGAGCACGUAUCUUGUCAAGCAAGAUGAGUGUAUGAAGAAAAUCCGAGAUCUGGGCUCAUUGCCUGCCGAUGCUUUCGAAACGUACAAGAGAAAAAACAAGAAGCAGCUACAGAAGCUGCUCUAUGACUGCAAUGAGCAGUUGAAGCAAUUUAGUCAUGUCAACCAAAAGGCUCUUGACCAGUAUGUGAACUUCACUGAACAGCGUGAACAACUGCAGAGAAGACGGGCUGAACUUGAUGCUGGUGACGAGAAAAUUAGAGAGUUGAUAUCAGUUUUAGACCAAAGGAAGGAUGAAUCAAUUGAACGCACAUUUAAAGGAGUUGCAAGGCACUUCCGCGAAGUGUUCUCUGAAUUAGUGCAAGGUGGUCACGGAUACCUGGUUAUGAUGAAGAAAAAGGAUGGUGAUGCUGCCGAUGAUGACAUGGAUGAGGACGCGCCUCGUGAAGCAGAUCCUGAAGGGAGGAUAGAGAAGUAUAUUGGUGUGAAAGUCAAGGUUUCCUUCACUGGCAAGGGAGAAACUCAGUCCAUGAAGCAGUUGUCUGGAGGGCAGAAGACAGUGGUGGCAUUAACACUGAUCUUCGCUAUCCAACGAUGUGACCCAGCUCCGUUCUACCUGUUUGAUGAGAUUGAUGCUGCUCUGGAUCCUCAGUACAGAACGGCUGUCGGGAGCGUGGUUCGGCGUCUGGCCGACCUGGCGGACACCCAGUUCAUAGCCACCACAUUCAGGCCGGAGAUCCUGAAGGUCGCGGACAAGAUCUACGGCGUGACACACAAGAACAGGGUGAGCUUCAUCAACGUGGUGUCCAAGGAGCAGGCCAUGGACUUCAUUGAGCACGACCAGACGGCCAACGCCAGCUGA